AUGGAAGUUUCAGUACCAAGUGAAGCAUCAUUAGGAAUGAAUGAUGGGCAUUGCUUCUUAUCAAUCAAGCAAAAGCAGUGUGCUCUGCCCCGUAUUUGGGUAGACCAGGUUGCCCUGAUAAAAAAAACAAUUGGGGAGGAAUAUGAGAAGCAGGAGAAGUACCAGAGUUUGACAGAGGAACUAGAGAGGAUGUGGGAAGUAAAAGUCCCAAUGGUAGAAAAAGAACUUGGAGCUCCAGGGACAAGGAAGAGAAGAAACAACGGCCGUGCCAAGAAGGGUCGAGGACAUGUCCAGCCUAUACGCUGUACCAACUGUGCUCGUUGUGUCCCCAAGGAUAAAGCUAUUAAGAAGUUUGUCAUCCGAAAUAUUGUAGAAGCAGCUGCAGUCAGAGAUAUCUCUGAAGCAAGUGUCUUUGACUACGUGCUACCCAAACUCUAUGUGAAGCUUCACUAUUGUGUUAGCUGUGCUAUCCACAGCAAGGUGGUGAGGAACCGAUCCCGUGAGGCCCGGAAGGACCGCACUCCUCCUCCCCGGUUCAGGCCAGCAGGUGCUGCACCGAGACUACACCCUAAGCCUAUGUAAGGAGAUGUUUUAAAAGAUGUCAAUUCCAAAUAUUGAGUCAAUAAAUACAUU